AUGAGCGAACGAGCCUCUCAGGAUGACGACGAGCUUCCAUCAUUGCUGAGGAGGUCCACCUUAAACCCUACCUACCGCGACUAUGACCAUGAUAUCCGCUUCCAGAACCGAAACAGCGAGGAUGUCCACCGGGAUGCGCUUGCGGCAGCCCAAGUUGAGCAUGACAGAGUCCGCGAGAUAGCGCUGAAGGCCUACGAGCUGAAUGAGCUCCGGAAGGACCAGCUAAGGCUGCGACAAAGCGCCCAGCGAGAGGAAGAACGGGUUCGACUCGAAACGGCGCGGGCAUUGGAGGAGAUUCGCAUUCGUGAGAUUGAGAAUCGAGCCAAACGAAUACCGAAACCCCCUCCACGAGAACCAACCCCUCCUCCGCCAUCCCCUCCUCGCUCUCUGCCCUCAAAAGUGACCCCGCCUACAUCCGCUCAGCCUCCAGCUACAGUUCCACAACCAGAGCCCCAAGUCAAACAGCAACCUCCACCCGAACCAGUCUCCCGUGAAGCGCCGACUCAGAAGCCUUUUUUGGCAGCGCCUCAACCUCCAGUACAGGCUCCUGCACCUCCUGUGCCGAAACCCCAGGCAGCUCCAGUUCAACCUCCUACGCAAAUUCCCCCGCAGAUUCCCACCACGAGCGCCCCAGCACAGCCUCAUGUCCUCCCCGGGGUAGAACGAUAUAUUGAAAUACACAAGAACCUAAAGCAACUACGUCUAUUUAUUACCAAUGCUGGGAAACACAACGUUGCAUUCAAAAAGAAAACGGGAGAAAUGCGGCGGGCCAUCCGACAGUCAGUAGGCCAAUUGACGGAAGGGAAGGGCGCGAAUAAACAACCGCUUAACAAGAUCGUCGAGCUCCUGAGACAAUCCCUCACAACGGUCCAGAGUCCCCCGGCGGAUCCGAGCAUGGUCAUGCUCACAAAACCCGAACCCAGCGAAGGAGCCAAGUAUAAUGGCGAUAGCAUGCCAGCACUAUUUAUUUACCUCCUCAACGUCUUCGCCAAAUCCGUUGUUGCACAAUUCAUCGAUGAAGCUGGUGUAGCACCCAAGGCCGCGGACCCGGUAGGCGUAGUCGCAGUAUCAGUAUUCUCCCGCGAAGAAUUCUACUGGCGCAACACACCGCUCAUAGACAUCCUAAUCGCCAAAAUACGCGUUGUCUGCCCGGUGUUAUUCGGACUUCGAGGCAGCGAGAAAACGGAAGAAGGGAGAGCAAGGCUGGGCUGGAGAAAGGAGGGCGGCAGUUGGGUCACCGAUCAAAUCCACAAUACUCGCAUGACCGGUCUAGGAGCUGGGUACGCCGCUUUAUGUCUAAGGGAUUUCUCAAAGUCGAAACUUCAAAACCCGUGGCCUCCAACUCAUUAUUGGCAAACCGUGGCAAGUAUAGUCAGUACGCCACCGGACCAAGCAUCUCCCACGCAAUACAUGGUUCUCAAAUCCCUCAUCGAGAACUAUGAGAUGAAAUUCUUGGCAUUUUAUGGCAGUGCCGCAAGGGCAGCUUUGAGGAUCGCUUUGGUGGAAUUUCCCGCCCGGGCUAUAGAGCACAACGUUGCGGUUAGUUCGUUGAAAGUUCUAGGCGAUAAGCUGAAUAGGGAUAUGGGGCUACAAUUGCAGUAG